CUUCCUUGCUGCGCGUUCAUCGUUUUCCCUUCUUUGGUUGCCAAAUUCUAUACCUUUUCGCUUAUUUUUUGGUUCCAUCUCGAAGUAUUUAGCGUAAAGUUGGGAUUUUGAAGGAUAGACGCACCUUUUACUUCUAAUCCUCACUCUCAGUUCUCAGUUUGUUGGCUUGGAUGCCUGUUUUUGGUUUCGAUCGAUGUUAAGUGGUAGAAACUUCGUCACAGGGUGUUUCCAGGCACCUAUUCAGGUUUCUCUGGACUUUUGGCGGAUAUAAGCCAACACGAAUAACGUUGGGGGAUCACUGUUGUUGUUGUUGAAAGGACAUUGUUUAUUGUUGAAUUUCGAGGGUGCCUUCUAGCAUUGACAAUAAAAUUAGCGCCUUCAAAAUUUCGUUUUCCAUUUCCAUCAAUUAAUGUAGUGUCAUAUCUCCAAUUAUGAUAUGCUAAAUCUUCAAUAUCACUAUGAGAAAUCAUUAGGUUGGAAUUGCCAAAGUUCGCUACUCAAGAUGGGGUCAAAGUUCAUGAGGGUGUUAAAGUGAGGGUGUGCUGAGUGCAUAGCUAGAUGGAUGGUGAAGAACAUGGUGGAAGAAGAAUAACAUGGAGAAGACAAGGAAGAAGGAAGGACCGGCAAGAAUAUUGGAGAAGAGAAGUUGUGGUAGUAAAAUAAAGAGGGAGAGCACAAGGAGAAUUAGAGGAGAGAAGGAGAAGUGUGCUGAAGGAGAAGAAGAGGAUGAGAGGUGUGGAGAAUAAAAAAAAAAAAAAGGUAGAAUGAGCUAGAGGAAGAGGAGAAGAGAAAGAUCAAUUGUGUUAGACAACAAACUUAUGCAAGGAGUGAUAAUAAGUGGAGGAUGAUGAGAGAGUUAGAAAGAAACACUAAGCUACUUUUGCUAGUAAACUAGACAAACAUAUUUUAUCGACUAAACCAUAUUUUUUGUCAACAUGUGCUAGUGAGGGAGCUGGAGCAACUUGUGGCCUAAGGGCCACAUAGAAAUAGGCAAGGUAAGUGAGGUGAGCCCAACAAUAGAUUGAAAAGGAAACCAAACCAUGUAAUAGGUAAGGGAGAGGAAGAAGGAAUAGUAAGAUACAUAGGAUAAAACAAUAGAGCGAGAUUUUUAAGCGAAUGAACUUUGAAAGUGAUAUGCAGUUGAGUCACUGCAAAAUGCACCUGUGGUAUAUAGGCACAUCAAAACAGGGUCCCUAUUGACAAAGUAUAGAUUGACAAUAAUCUAAUAUUUCUAAAAAUAUUUAUAAGUUUUCAUUUAAUACAUUAUAUAUCAGAGUAAUCAAGCUGACCAAUUUUAAAUUCAAUUUGAAAUUUUUUUAUUCAUGAAUUUAAGCGUUACUGAUAAAAUAAGACAUGUGUAUGCAUGUUAAUCAACCUAAGAAAUUUAUUAAUUGGAAAAGUUAUGAAUCACCCUAAGCAAUCCAGAUAAGUGCUUGUGUGUUUAUUUAAUUAGUAACUUGAACUUUAGGGUGUACAACCUGAAUCAGUCAAAACAUUUUUCCUAUUUUGCUUGCACUGUUUCAAAGAACAAGUUCAUAUGUAAUUGAAUAACCAUAUGCAAUGAGGGUCCCAAUAGGUGAUUUGGCUCAUUAGGCAAUUGGGUUAAGUAAAGAUUGCAUACUACUUAUAUGGGCCCCACAAGGAUUACAUGAACUACAUUGAAACUGAUGCAUGACUGUAUUGCUAGUUGCUAGUAAUAUUUGGAACUCUUAAAUCACUUCUCAUUAUGUUAAUUUUAGUUUUCUCUGAUCUUGCUCAAUCCCUUACAACUUCACUUUCAAUCAAUUCAACUUGUCUAACUAUAGAAUUUAUUAUUCCGUCUUUGAAUAUGUACAUAGCUUCUUAAUCUAAUACAUAUAAGCUUACUGAUAUUUGAUAACGUGAUCCUAUUUAAGUGUGCAUUUUAAUUUGCAAGUUUGCACAACUAUAGAUAGACAUGAGUUUAUGGUGGAUAUGCUUUUACAAUAUGAGAAGAUGCUUUUUUACUAACAUGAGCAAAAAAAAAGACUAUCAGUGUAGGAGUUUUAAUAGCAACAACAAUAACAAUCAAGAUUUAUCCCACUAGGUUAGGUCGGCUAGGAGUUUUAAUAGCAAAAAAGUAAAAAAUAUAAAGCAACAAUUUUAGUUGUGAAUAAAUGAACCCUAGUCUUUAAGUCAAAUUUAAUUGGAAAAGAAACCUUAGUACUACCCUCUUCAUUUCCACUUUGAAGGCGUGAAACACAUGUUUCACUUAUAUGAAAGCCUUCUAUGGCACCCAUGUGUCAUUUGUUAUGUAGAUCAACACCUAAAGUUGUUUAAUAUGCACGAUCUGACAUCUUUGCAUCUCUACUUGUAUAGAUUUGUGUGGCUGAGUUUAUUUGUUCCUUUUUAUGUAUAAUGUGAUUUUGUAGGACAAGAAGUUUUACCCUUCUAUGCUCUAGGCAUUGUUUCUACAUGUUGUAGGUUGGAAGAUGUGUUGUUGUUCCUGAAGCAAUGAGUAUAAUGGUUUGAUUACUACUUUGUUAAUCUAAAUAUCAGGAGAUAUGGGCAUAUAUCUCAGCACUCCAAAGACAGAUAAAUUUUCUGAAGAUGGUGAGAAUCAUAGACUCAGGUUUGGGCUCUCAUCAAUGCAAGGAUGGCGUGCAACCAUGGAAGAUGCACAUGCUGCAUUGCCUGAUCUUGAUGACUGCACAUCAUUCUUUGGGGUUUAUGAUGGUCAUGGUGGGAAAGUAGUUGCUAAGUUUUGUGCAAAGUUUCUGCACACACAGGUUCUCAAGAAUGAAGCCUAUUCAAGUGGAGAUAUCAGUACUUCAGUUCAAAAAGCAUUCUUGAGGAUGGAUGGCAUGAUGCAAGGACAGAGAGGGUGGAGAGAACUUGCCGUUCUCGGUGACAAGAUAAACAAAUUUACUGGCAUGAUAGAAGGCUUUAUUUGGUCUCCGAGGGGCAGCGAUUCAAACAACAAUACUGACGACUGGGCAGCUGAAGAGGGACCCCAUGCUGACUUCUCUGGGCCAACUUCUGGAUGCACAGCCUGUGUAGCCAUCGUACGCUACAACCAACUCGUUGUCGCAAAUGCUGGAGACUCACGUUGUGUGAUCUCAAGGAAGGGCCAGGCAUACAAUUUGUCAAGAGAUCAUAAACCAGAACUUGAGGUAGAGAGAGAGAGAAUUCUCAGGGCAGGGGGGUUUAUUCACGGCGGUCGAAUAAAUGGAAGCUUGAACCUUGCCAGAGCAAUCGGAGACAUGGAAUUCAAACAGAACAAGUUUUUGCCUGCUGAAAAACAAAUAGUAACUGCGAACCCCGAUGUAAACAUCGUGGAGCUUUGUGACGACGAUGACUUCAUUGUAGUAGCAUGCGAUGGAAUUUGGGAUUGCAUGUCGAGCCAGCAGCUGGUGGAUUUUGUACACGAGCAUAUCAACAAGGAAACAUCUCUUUCAGUUGUGUGUGAGAAAGUUCUCGAUAGGUGCUUGGCACCGACGACACUGGGAGAAGGAUGUGACAACAUGACCAUGAUACUGGUGCAAUUCAAGAAACCAAUCAGCUCCAAAGCUCUUGUUGUUGAUCGAUCAACUGACAACGUUCCCGAGUCGGAGACUCAAAGCGCUGGCUGAAGGUGGCAUCAUGAAUUUGUUUACCCAUUUCUGUGCGACAUGGCAAUGAGGAAGCAACAUAAUCUGCAAAAAUAGGGGGAUUGUUGUACACGUUCUUGUUUCUCAUACUUUGUAUCUUGUUCUUGGAGAUGAUCAGCUAAUUUUCACUUCAUCUUGAUUGAUC